AUACAAAGCUGUAUUGAUUUAUGCAUUGGAGCAUAGAUUGUAUUCGCAGAGUACAAAUGUUACAAGUGUUAGAUCUUUUUGUAUGUAAAAUAUAUAAGAAAGGAUAAAGUGCAGCUCUCUUUUAUUUAGACGUUUAUAUGUAUUCACAAAUAGGUUUUACUGGUCGUAAGCGAAAUUAAAGGCCAGGGCCACCUAUAAUCGUUCUCCUUCUCAUCCCGUGAGUGCCAAGGCUAAUAAUGAAAUAAACUAUUGACCUUAACCUCGAAAUAAGACCCGGAUUUCUUUAAGGGGUCGAUACGCCCACUUUCAAUGCUGGGUUUCGUGGAUACUAAAUAUCUGAGGACAGUACUCCUACUGUGUAGUAAAUAAUAAAUAAGUUACUUCUGUAAAUGUCAACAACUAAAGUAAAAAGUUCUCUUUAAUGCUUUUUCAUUCACAUUCAUUUGCACUAAAUGAUUCUAAUUGUAUUGUAAGUGACAUAAGACAAACUCCAUUCAAUACACAUUAAAACAAUGCAUACUAAAUAUAGGCUGCCAGUUAAGUUUUCAACCUCACUAUGUAUGAAUAAGGCUCGUUUUAGUAAUUACAUUGGGGGUAUUCAUGAUUCCUUUGUAAUCUUAGUAUUCUUCGUAUCGUAAAAUAAGUUACGAGGGUUACGAGAUUUUUUAAGCGUUGUAGAAUUUGGUCAUUAAAAAUCGCGUUACUAAGCUUACCAUUUUUACGAAACUUCACCCCUUCUUUUUUCUUCACAAACUAUUUUAUGAUACUAAGGACACAAUUAUGAAUACCCUGAUUGAGUGUAUUCAUAUCCUGUUUACAACGUACAUUUAUCACGUCAUUGGGAUAUCCGAUAGUGAUGAUAUUUAAUACUAUGCGACGAGAAAUGAGACGAGGGAAAUAAUUCGGACAAGAGAAAUUUGACUAUAGUCGAGCCUCAAAUUGUAGGUUGUCAAACUUAUGUAGAAUUGAAUUGAACACCAGAUUAGAAAGUGAGAUAGAUAAACACAGCGACAACAAUUCAGUCCAACUAAUUAACCCUCGCUCAUAUUGAGUUAUGUACAUACAUAUAUUCUAACAAUAGAACGUGAUUUUAAAAUAAAUAAAACUUGCGACCACAGGUGACCAUGAAGGUAAGUUGUUAUGUAGCUUUAUACCAAAUUUAUUCACUAGCUGGAAUGUUAUUGUUCUGCCGCACACGGACUAGACUGACGCUGCCGGUGGUGAAUAGGGGGCGACGAAAUGAAAUAUCUAAUCAAUCCAUCAAUCUGCGGGCAUGUCUAUACAAAAAUAGAAACAACAAUUCCAUUCUGUCAAUCCGUAGCGUGCCCCGGAUGGAAUAGAACUGCUUCGCAUUUUGCUCUUUUUUUAGGGCCGGUCAGUCGUUGUAUCGCCACGUCGCAUCUUUUUUUAUAGGACAAGUGGUGCAAUGGUGUGGUCGUGCCGAGUGUGUGUAUUUAUAUACGUACCCAAGUUGUUUGGUUGGUGUUGUUAGUGACCGAGAUUAAAUUGGAAUUAAGCGAAUUGAAUUUAUACGAGGAAUAGUAGUUAUGUAGCCGUUUGUGCGAGCCAGUGAACAAUAAUAAGCGAGUUCUAUGCAUAUGAGGAUCAUUAUCUUCAUUUCAUCCAUCGAAAUAAUUUAUUAAUUGAACAGAUUGCUGUUACUUAUUUCAUGUACAUAUUUUUACCCACACCAACCACACCAAACCAGUUGGGAACAACGACAACGGGGAUGCGAUGAGAUGAUGAUAACCCAUUAUGCAUUCACACAGUGUCAUUUCAUUAUUAUUGCAGACAGAAUGACAGCGAGUCAAGCAGAAUCAAGACAAUAAUCAAGAGUGCAUAAAAUAUGUAGUCUUGCAGUCCGGUGGGCACGAAUCUUGAGAGGAUAAUUUUUCCAAGUAAAAUAUUAGCACACAAUAGUACAAAAAUUGCAUUGCAAAUUCUGAUAUUCGUACAAUGUGUCGUUAAGCACAAGAUUUAGUACAAUUACAAUAGUGCAUUUGUAAGCAGUAGGAAAAGUGAUAUUUUUGUUAACUACGACCUAGCAGACCCUCCUGGAUUGGGUAUGGGCUUGAAGCCGUGCACAUCACUGGUUCUCGGCGUCAUGGGUGUGGCUGUUCUUCUGGCAUUGGGAUGCCUGGGCUACUUUGGCAUCGUGAGGACAAGUGGAGAAUCGUACACUCCGACGGGGUGUACCAUUCCUGAGGAAAAAUGCGAAAUUCGUCUCAGCCCAAAAGUUCACCCUAGCCAUUAUGAAAUUUAUCUAUUUCCAAGCUUCGAAUAUGGAAAUUUCACUGGAAAUGUAUCCAUCAGCUUAACGCUUCUUGACACAAUGGAUCAUAUUCGACUUCACGUGAAAUAUCUUGACGUGUCUGAAACUAAGCUAACCUUUACAACCAAUCAGACAACUUUUUCUGUUACGACCUAUGAAUACCCGCUCCUGGAUUACUGGGUGAUAAAACCAAACUCUGAAGGGGUCACUUUUCCACGAGGGGAGUAUGAGCUAAGUAUGUCGUUCGGGGGUAGUCUCACCCGUGACAUUACUGGUCUUUACCGUUCCUCAUAUUCUGAUCCACGGGACAACAAAACAAAGUACGUCGUAUCCAGUAAAUUUCAACCCACCGCAGCUCGUAGAGCAUUUCCAUGCUUUGACGAACCUUCAAUCAAAUCCACAUUUUCUGUCACUUUGGUGAAGCCGUAUAAUUUUACCGCGAUAAGUAACAUGCCAAUAGCGACGGAACAGUCGGACACACCCUCGGCAGGGUUAACCACGGUACGUUUCGCCAAAUCCGUUCCAAUGGUGACAUAUCUCGUCGCCUUCACCGUGGGCGAUCUUGCCUUUAUCGAAAGGAGAAGCAAGCGGGGCGUCCCUGUCCGAAUUUACACCACGCCGUUCCAAAUCAAGAGUGGAGAGUACGCUUCCAGCAUCACUGCGGACAUUCUAGAUUUUUUUGAAGACUAUUUCGGAAUUCCGUACCCUCUUCCUAAAUUGGAUGUUGUCGGAAUCCCUGACUUUGUCUCCGGGGCGAUGGAGCACUGGGGAAUGGUGUCGUUUAGAGAGUCAAACCUUCUGUAUCAACCCGGUGUUGGGUCAGCAGCCAACAAGCAAAGGGUCGCUACAGUGAUUGGACACGAAUUGGCUCACAUGUGGUUUGGAAAUUUGAUGACACUGAAGUGGUGGAGUGACCUUUGGCUUAAUGAAGGCUUUGCGUCGUACAUGGAGUACAAAGGCGUGGCGGUGGUACAUCCUGAGUGGGAAAUUGAAGCUCAGUUUGUGGCAGAAGAUUUGAUACCUAUUCUGAGUGUGGAUGGACAAAUCAGCUCACAUCCCAUCGUCCAAGACGUGAAGCAUCCCAACCAAAUUACAGAGCUAUUUGAUCGUAUUUCCUACUCCAAGGGAGCCUCGGUUAUCCGAAUGUUGGAAAAUUUUAUGGGGCUCUCUCGAUUUCGAAAAGGAGUAUCCAACUUUCUGCAAAAGUAUUCCUAUGCAAAUGCAGAAACGAUGGACUUGUGGUCGUAUCUUCAAAAAGAGGUUGAUCGGUCCAACCCAGCAAACAUAUCUCUGGUAAUGGACACUUGGACGGGACAGAUGGGUUACCCUGUGCUCAUAUUGAACAAAAGUGAGGACGGGAGAGCUUGGAUGGUAAGCCAACAACGUUUCUUAGACAAUCGUGAUGCUGUCCAGCAAGGUACCCACAGCGAAAGUCCGUUUCAUUAUCGAUGGGAAAUUCCAAUAGAGUUGGAGUGGACGAUAAAUUCUAAAAGUACGGAAAAAAUGAUUUGGAUGCGACACGACGAGGGUUCAGUGACCCUUCCUUUGGAUGCUUCCUUGCCAUGGGUAAAACUCAACCGAGGUCAGUUUGGCUACUUUCGCGUCCUUUAUCCGCCACCCAGUUACCAAACUCUGAAGGAAACGCUGCUCGCUAAUUUCGAUCCACGAGAAAGAUGCGGUGCAGUGGAUGAUGCAUUCUCAUUAUCAUACGCCUACUAUCUCGAGUACAAAUUUACCCUGGACUUUUCUCAAUAUCUUAAAAUGGAGAAUCAUUAUAUUCCUUGGAGCUGUGCACGUGAACAUUUUUUCACUCUUGGCAGACUUAUCAAAUCGAUUGACUCUGAUACGAGUUCUCUCUUUCAGAAAUAUAUACUCGCUCUGGUAUCGAACAUGUACCACAAGUUAGACUGGAGCGACACUGAAAGCGAUAACCACUUGGACAGAUUAUUGAAACCUCUCAUAUUUUCCCUCGCCUGUGAAAAUGGUCACCGACCUUGCCUUGAGCGUGCGAAGGAGUUGUUCUCACGAUGGAUUGCAGAUCCAAAAUCUCCAUCUACUCAAGUCCCUUCAGGUCUUCGAGAUGUCGUCUACAAAUGGGGAAUGUAUCAGUCCGACCUUGCUGAUUGGGACCGCCUUCUUAACAUAUAUGGGAACGAGCCUGACCCACAAGAAAGUAUACGACAGCUUCGUGCAUUAGCCAACGUUCAGGAUGCUUCCAUUCUUAAAAAUUUUCUCGAACUAUCUAAAAACGAGACCCUCGUGCGACGGCAGGACUACUUCCACGUGAUAAAAUAUUAUAGUGGAAACCCAAUUGCUAAUCCAAUCGUUUGGGACUUUUACAGGAAUCAGUACGACUACUUAGUGAACAGAUUUUCCUUAAAUGAUCGGACAUUUGGACGUGCCAUUACAGCCAUCAGCUACAGUUAUGCGACACAAGAUAAACUUAAAGAGGUGGAAGACUUCUUUGCCAAGCACCCUGAGGGAGGAGCAGGUACUCGCGCCAGGGAAGCAGCCUUGGAGAACGUACGCAAUAAUUUGGCGUGGGCAAAGAAGAAUGCCAACGGAAUACGAGAAUGGCUUCUACAAACACAUUUUUCUUAACGGUAACAUUUGUGUUAUUCAAUAGAGGUCUACGCCUUAUUCAAGUAAUUAGUUAUAGUGUUUUGUAUGUACAAUAUCUGAAAUUAGCUUCACCGAGAGAACAACAUAUUACAUUUGUGAUUACUUAUUGUCCUAAAUUGACUCUGCAUAAAUUUCCCUUUGUUCAUUAUCUCAA